CAUGGAGGGCCUGGCUGGCUAUGUAUACAAGGCGGCCAGCGAGGGCAAGGUGCUGACCCUGGCCGCCUUGCUUCUCAACCGGUCUGAAAGCGACAUCCGCUAUCUGCUGGGCUAUGUCAGCCAGCAGGGAGGGCAGCGCUCCACGCCCCUCAUCAUCGCGGCCCGCAAUGGGCACGCCAAGGUGGUGCGCUUGCUGUUAGAACAUUACCGGGUGCAGACUCAGCAGACGGGCACCGUCCGCUUCGACGGGUAUGUGAUUGAUGGCGCCACUGCUCUUUGGUGUGCAGCAGGAGCUGGACAUUUUGAAGUUGUUAAACUUCUAGUCAGCCAUGGAGCCAACGUGAACCACACCACAGUAACUAACUCGACCCCCCUGCGAGCGGCAUGCUUUGAUGGCAGACUGGACAUUGUGAAAUACUUGGUUGAAAAUAAUGCCAACAUCAGCAUUGCCAACAAAUACGACAACACCUGCCUGAUGAUUGCAGCGUACAAGGGACACACUGACGUGGUCAGAUACCUUUUAGAACAACGUGCCGAUCCCAAUGCUAAAGCACAUUGUGGAGCCACAGCCUUGCACUUUGCAGCUGAAGCCGGGCACAUAGAUAUCGUGAAAGAGCUGAUAAAAUGGCGUGCUGCUAUAGUGGUGAACGGCCAUGGGAUGACGCCAUUAAAAGUAGCUGCCGAAAGCUGUAAAGCCGAUGUCGUCGAACUGUUACUCUCUCAUGCUGAUUGCGACCGAAGAAGUCGGAUUGAAGCUCUGGAACUCUUGGGUGCCUCCUUUGCAAAUGACCGCGAGAACUAUGACAUCAUGAAGACGUACCACUAUUUAUAUUUAGCCAUGUUGGAGAGGUUUCAAGAUGGUGAUAACAUUCUGGAGAAAGAGGUCCUCCCACCAAUCCAUGCUUAUGGGAAUAGAACUGAAUGUAGAAAUCCUCAGGAACUGGAAUCCAUUCGGCAAGACAGAGAUGCUCUUCACAUGGAAGGCCUUAUAGUUCGGGAACGGAUUUUAGGUGCUGACAAUAUUGAUGUUUCCCAUCCCAUCAUUUACAGGGGAGCCGUUUAUGCGGAUAACAUGGAAUUCGAACAGUGUAUCAAGUUGUGGCUGCACGCCCUGCACCUGAGACAGAAAGGUAACCGGAAUACCCACAAGGAUCUUCUUCGAUUCGCUCAAGUUUUCUCACAGAUGAUACAUUUGAAUGAAACUGUGAAGGCCCCAGACAUAGAAUGUGUUUUGAGAUGCAGUGUUUUGGAAAUAGAACAAAGUAUGAACAGAGUAAAAAAUAUUCCAGAUGCUGAUGUCCACAAUGCUAUGGACAAUUAUGAAUGUAAUCUCUAUACCUUUCUGUAUUUAGUGUGCAUCUCCACCAAAACACAGUGCAGUGAAGAAGAUCAGUGCAAAAUUAACAAGCAGAUCUACAACCUGAUUCACCUGGAUCCCAGAACUCGGGAAGGUUUCACCCUGCUGCAUCUAGCUGUCAACUCGAACACCCCGGUUGAUGAUUUCCACACCAAUGAUGUCUGCAGCUUUCCAAAUGCACUUGUCACAAAGCUCCUGCUGGACUGUGGUGCUGAGGUGAAUGCAGUAGACAAUGAGGGGAACAGUGCCCUUCACAUCAUCGUUCAGUACAACAGGCCCAUCAGUGAUUUUUUAACCUUGCACUCUAUCAUCAUCAGCCUGGUUGAAGCUGGCGCCCACACUGACAUGACCAAUAAACAGAAUAAGACUCCGCUAGACAAAAGUACGACUGGGGUAUCUGAAAUACUACUUAAAACUCAAAUGAAGAUGAGUCUCAAGUGCCUGGCUGCCCGAGCAGUUCGGGCUAAUGACAUUAACUACCAAGACCAGAUCCCCAGAACUCUUGAAGAGUUUGUUGGAUUUCAUUAAGUGACUGGAUAUGCAAAAUCGUUUAAUGUGGUGCUAAAAAGUAAAGGACUUUAAUCACAGACAAUAGAAUUAUGUGUUCAUAAAUUCUGCUUUUCUUUCCAUUACCCUUCCUCCCUACCCAUCCUUCCUUAGUUCUGUAUUUGGUCUUUUUGCCUCAUGACGUUGACUGAUCUCAAAUACACUUUAAACAACGCCACAUUGUUUAGGUGUAACUAUAAUCUAAGGUGUCUGGAUAUUGGUCACUUAAUCUAUCUAUCUUUCUUUCUUUCUUUCUUUCUUUCUUUCUUUCUUAAUUGAAGUAUAAUUGAGAUACAUUAUAUUAGUUUCAGGUGUACAACAUAAUGAUUUGACAUUUGUAUUUUUUUUUUUAAGGAAUGAAUAUGAAAUAUUUUAUGUAACAAGGGACGUUUAUGAUUUGAAGUCAAUGUUUUAAAAACUGCCUACAAAAGUAUUUCUGUUAAGCCUGUGUCAGCGUGUUAUCCUUGCAGCAGUUUUGAGGAUUUCAUGAAGAAGAACAACUAAAAAGGACCAUAAGAGUAACGGGAUACCCCGGUGUUCUGCGUGUGCCCAACUGCUGCACGUAGGUUUUGCUCUUCCAAUAUUUAUGCGGAGUGAUACGGCACAUCGUAACAUCAGGAGGAUUUCAAAAACACAACUGCAGAUUAAUCUGAAAAUGUGCUAAUUUCAUAAUAGCUAUAAAUGUAUCAAGUUAAAUCCAUUGGAAUUAUUGCAUUAUGCUGGGUGGUACACACAAAGGAGUAAUAGUCUUAAAGCAAUUUUUCAGAGAAUAUCGAUGGACUCUUUGCCAUCAGGCUUAAAUUCUAAAAUUCUUUGGUCUCUGUUUUAAGGUAACUUCUCUAAAUUGCAGUAGCCUGCAUUUGAACUCAGCUCACAGACAUGUAAAAAUUAUGAAUACUGUGUUUUCUUAUGAAACAAAUUGUCAUAAUAUAGUUACACCUUCUAUUUUUGUCCCUUUCUCCCUUUCCUCCUGUGUGGUCUCUUUUAAAAAUUGGAAACUACUUUUCCAGAGGGCACUGUUUGUGCCCCCCUCAUAAGGUGUUUAUGAUGGAUGAAAAGGAACAAGGAUGUUUUUAAUUUUUUCACUUUCUUUACUUUGUCCCUUAUAAUUAGUAGAAAAACCACUAGUGUGGUAUAGGAAAUGAAAUGGUUUUGAUGAUAAAAGUAAUUUGCAAUGCUGUCUGGAUGGUAUUUCUGUCUUGAGAGCUGAAAGUUCAAGCACAAAAUGUCACUGAUUCUGAUAGGCUGUGCAGAGGUCUUUUUGUUUUGUUUUGUUUUGUUUUGAUGGCAGCAUUUUAAGUGUCAGACUAAAAGAGUAUUCUGUGAUUAUCUUUUAAGCAUCACAGAAAUUCAAGUAAAGGGUAUACACCUAUUUCUAUUUCUAUUGAUGUUAAAAAAUGAUAAAGUAAAAUGAGCUAUAUCUGUAUUUUUUCUCUCUAGUGCCAAAUGAAUGCCUUAGCUACUCGUAGUGCAUGGUACUGUAAGUGAAGACCAGCUUUUUUUUCGUUAAUGAAAAGCAUUAUGAUGCUGUAACAUCAGCUAUAAACUGAAAAAAAAACAAAAACAAAAACAAAGAAACCCCAAAUCUGUAUGGUUUCAGUGAGCAUUUUAUGUCUGCAUAUUGUUUGGUGAAGUAUAAGAGAAAGGUUGCAGUUGAAACAGUAUAAAGCAUAAAUGACCAAGCCAAAAUUAGCACCUAGGGCCUUAAAUAAAAGAUACCCCACAAAAUGAAAUAGUUUGAAGGGUGGGAGGGAUUGGAAGGGGGGGAACCUUAAAAACUUUUUCCCCUAAGGAUGCAAGAUACCUUUAUGGCCACCGUAGUUCUCCUUCAUGCUCUUGUUUCAGCUAGGAACGUUUUGAUGGCAAAUUCUGUCAUGGUAACAUAUUUCUGUUUUCCUAACCUGAGGUCUUUACGAGGAGGGUUUUCAGGAUGGUUUGAAGGGAGAUACUUGAAAGAGCCCUAAUUUGAAAGUUACUGGCCUUGAUCCUUCCGGUGCAAAUCAAGGAAAUACUGUACCUUGCUCUUGGCAACUCUCGUGGCCUGAAAGAGAAAAUGCACGUCCUUGAGGUGAGUGAAUCACACCUUUUCCACAGCUUAGGUCAGACCCUGUAUCUUUCAGACUUCAAGGCCUGUGUCUCUGACAGUCUGAGGAAUGGCUAUGAUACUUGGUAUUCAGUUGGUUCCAUUAUGAAUGUGUAUGAUUUUUAAACACCAAAACUUAAAAUACCAGAUAAUGUUGCAUGUUUUAAAAACCAUCCCUCUGGCUACCCAGGACCAGCACUCUUUUAGAUCUUACGCAUUCAUAAAAUGAGGAUGAUGAUUAUAUGUACAUAUUCAGACGUCAAAAUUUAAUGACAGUGCUUUUGAGAAGGGAUGCAUGCUGGAGAGCGCAGCUGCUGACUGGAGUGCCGACAAGGUUGGAGAGAGAGUGUGAAGACAGUGGGAAUAAACUGUGAGCUCUGCUAAUGGUAACAUACUUUUCUACUGUAGUGUCGUAGUAUGUUGUGCACUCCAUUGCUAAGGAUCUAAUUCUGUCUUGUAAAAUAAAUCCAAAUAUGUAUUGUGAAACAUCUGUAUAAAACCAUUCUUGAAACAAGUGAUCUACAUGCCUGUUUUAUUUGUUUUUGGUAGAAUUAUUUUAAGUAUGUUUAGCCAAAUCCUUCCCAAGCUUAAAUGUUUUGUGUGUUUUUAAAAAUUUAUGAUUAUUAUUAUUUUAUUUUAUUUUAUUUUUUAGGAAAAUAAAUCGGUAAGAAAGGUCAAUAGUUCUGUAUCUCAGCUCAUGAGAACUCCAGGCUGUCUCCAUUUUCCAGCCACUUUUGUCAUUUUCUGUUUAUUAUUGGUAGAAGUAUGCUUCGGAUCGUAAGUCUUCCUUGAUAAUAUUACAAAUUCAGUCAAAACUUCUUUGUCUUGCUCAGUAAUUGUCCUAUAAAUUUGGUUGAACGAGAGGCCCAGGAGGAUGGAUAUCUGGGCAAACGAGGUGAAACUUAGGUGGGUUUUCUGCUUUUAAAUAAGAGUUGGUGAAACUGAACCCUUGAAUUUAGGUGACUCUUCAACUCAAGGAAUGGGCAGCAAAUCCAUCCCCUCGAUUAAAGAAGGGGGAAAUUUUUGUUGUGAGAACUCUGACACCACAUGGUUUUCUUCACUCUACUCUGGAUUGCUCCAGCAGGCCGCAGUCCCACUACCUUAAGGUUCUUUGCCGUGGGAACUUCAAACAAACGAGCCAAAAAAGCAAGCUUUGGUCUUGCUUGUUUCUGGGAAGGGUUUUGUUUCAGUGUACUACUAGUUGAUUAAUAACCGAUAAUUAGGGAACACCUAGGUAGGUAUGAUAGCGCUGUUUGAAGUAACAAACCAUUCGGGGGGGGCGCAGCUCCCUAAGUAUCAACUCUGUGUCUGGCGAGUGGUUUUGCAAAUUACAUAUCCCAAGGGAAUGACAGCCUGUUCCCAGUCUCCACUGCAGUUGAGGCAGCUACUUUAUGGAUAGGACCAUUUUGGAUUACUCGUGCAGAAACUUUCCUUUUUGGGAGCGGGGCGCGGUGAGGAGGUGAGUUGCUGGCCCUUGGGUUAGUUUUCUGGGUUUAGAAGCAGCCAGUGAUUGAACUAGUGAGUAGGUGGACAAAAGUAGAAAGGGCUUGUUUUUCUGGUAGAUUUUCUGUAAAAAUCCUAAAUGUUCCUUUUAGUCUAGCCACAAGUAUCUGUGUACAGAUGACUCUUCUGUUUUCCUCACUGACUGUGCUGUAACACUGAAAUGGGUUAAAGAAAACAAAACUCUGCCUUUUGCUCUAUGGAAAGUUACCAGUCCAUAGGAUGUUAAGCUGGGUGUUUAUUUCCACUCUGAAAACGCACAGCUCUGCUCUGGAUGCCCUUUCUGGAAGGUAGAAAGCUCCUAGGUACGUGUGGCACCUUGCAGGGCUUUGUCAUACACGUCGGGCAGACUUGCCCAAGUCUUCAGAUGGCCUGGGUUCUACGUACAGCAUCCUCUCUCCCAAAUAGGGGAUCUGGAAUAAGUCCACGGGGUAGUGAUGGUAGAUACAUUAAUUUUUAAAACUGUAAAGUAAAUGUGGUCUCUAGUCCUAGGUUUGUGGUGUGUUCAUUUGUGUUAAUGUGCAGGGAAGGGACAUUGACUUGAUGGUUAUGGGGAGUAUAUCUUGAUGUGUGUACAGGGGUGAGUAUUGCUAAAUUAUUAACAGCUUUUCAUUUAGGGGUGAGUCAUGUGAUGAGUGGCCUAAUCAGCAAAAUGAAGGAGCAAAGAUGCAAGCUUUGCCCAGUGGUGAAGUAAACAAGGUUUUGUAUCUGUCUUUUAUCAGGUGUUGUAAAACUUGCGCAUGGCUUUUUUUGUUGUGGCUUAUUAGUAAUUGGUGGAGGAGAAAAGAUGAGGAAAACCCCUCAGCUUUGCUAACCACUCUUUUCAGAGGUACAUCGUUGGGGAGUAAAAUCUGACUGGCCUAAUGUCUUGAAAAGAUCCUAUCCUUUAUAAUAUUCACCCCAUCCUGUAAUCCUCCGCAUCGAGGAACUACAUUGUUGUAUUCUAGUAAUUCACUGUGAUUUAUAACAAACCAGUGAUGUCAUUCUCUUGUGCACUUUUGUCAAACCAUUUACGUGACUUUAAUAAACAUAGUGAACUUGCUGACUGCA